AAAAAAAUUUAAAAAAACUCUUAGUUCUUAUAAAUAAUAAUUUGAAGAAAAAAACGAUCUUAAUUACUAUAUAAAUCAAAAAAUUCAACGGGCUCAUCAUGUCACUGGUCUAUAUAACACGCCACUAUGAGAAUAUCAAAAACAUUGAAAGUACUUCCGACUAUUAUCAGUUUCUUAAAAGUAGCUUCACUGCAAGGCCCCAGCGCACUGCAAAGAAGAAGGAGAAUGUUAACGCCAUUGUGAAAUUGCCGGAUGGAAAGAGGUUGUUAACGGAUUCUCAGCGGGGCGAGCACAAGACCAUGGGCUACAGUGAGACGCCACUGAAUGAGCCUUGUGAGUUCCUACGUAAGAACGGUGGCGUAAAGUGGCAACGCAAACGUGACCACACCUGCCCCAAAUUGUGUGGCGUAGCGCCAGUGCCUCGAGUUGAAGACCUAAGAAGGGAAAAGCAGAACCGUGACAAAGAAAAGAAGAAUAUCAAUUUUAUUAAGAAGAAUGUCAAUUGCAUAAAGAACGCACCAGCGAAAUGGCAUACACCGCAAUAUAUUGACUUUCAUACAGGCACGCCACGUAAGUUGAAAAAUUCCGGUUUGAUACCGCAAUAUGUAUGCUCCGAGGCUUACGGAAAAGUACCAUGCUAUUUGCGUUUAAAGAAGAAAGCAUUGACGGGCAAACAGGACACAUGUAAGGAGGAGCAAAUUCAAUUGGCAGAACGUUGCAAAUUGAACGAGGCUCGCAUACGUCAACUGCCAAUUGAAGAAAGAGAUAACAUAUUAAAGGGUCUUAAGCAACAUUUUAAUGACGUAUUCAAAGCUUAUCAGGCUGGUUCUUUACUAAUUGAUACCAUUUCGAAGCGUUUACGAAAGUCAAAUUUGGAAAAGGAAUUGCGUCAACUGGAACACGACAUUUUUCUUCUUGAGUCCAAUCCAACCAUAUAUGUAUCCGAGUUUUAAUUUUCAAUAAAAUUUAGAUCUGCAUGAGUAA